UGGUUUCCAUGGUGACGCGGUCAGACGCGCGGGGAAAGUUUCUGUCAGGAUCUCCCCGGUUAUUAACGGAACUCCUCGGAAUGUCCCGGUUGAUUCCCGAUUUAACCUUACCUGAAAUCACGAGCGAGAACUUUGAGCAGAGUCUCUCCCAGCCGCUGUUCUGCGAGUUCUUCAACGAGUUUCUGCAGCAGCCGGUGUUUGUGCUGCCGCUCAGGUAUGAUGACCAGUCCUCCGGCUUUGAGCUGCUCAGUGAUGCUGCGGUGCGUCUGUCCUGUCGGAUCAGAGCUGCGGUGCAGCAGAUGCGGAGCCGGAGCUGUGCGGAGCCCCUGCGGGACAACAGAUACUCCAUCACCCGUCUGGACCGGCAGCAGACCCUCCGCUGGCUGCACACACACAGACUGGCCUUCUUCCUGCACAGUGACUGCUACUUUGAGUUCAGGUUGGCCUCAUGUCUGUCUCAGCUCACAUGCUCACCGUCCCCUCACAGACAGCAGUGUGACGAGGUCUGCAGCUCUACAGGGCAGAGGAACAGCAGCUCUGCAGAGACGCCAACACUCCACACAGAAGACGCUCUGCAGACCGACAGGCGCAGCUUUCUGGACUUUAAGAGGUCUCUGCUCGGCGGUCCUGGAGAGAGUCUGCUGGAGCUGUGGAUGAACAUCGAGAGGCUGAAGACCCUCAGCAGCACACACCACAAGAGCAGGUAUGUGCUGUGGAUGAGGGCUCAGUAUGUGUGGAGCAGCAGUGAUGCGGUUCUGGAUGAACAGCUGCUCCUCAGGCUGGGGUUGAAGAGCGCCGCCUGCUGGCAGGAGGACAGACUGCCGGACGUCCAGCCACGGCUCACUGAGCUCCUGCUGCUCUACUGGGGUCAGAGGUUUCACUUGUUCCCUUCUGGUCAGUGGCGGGUGUGUGAGAGUGUGUUGAGCUCUUCUGUCUCAGAGACCUGCACACACACCGUCUGCACCUGCAGAGACACAAAGGCAGAGCUGGAGCGCAGUGAGAUUCACACUCUACUGGAGGUUCUUCAGACUGAGUCCAGAUCUGGGUUCUUCUUUACUCAUUUCUGUCAGAACUCAGGACAGCAGUUGUGGGAAAACGCAGUGUAUUUCUGUUCAGAGCUGCUGCAGUACCGUCAGCUGUUCUGCCAGAGCAGAUUUGAUCCGUACAGAGCACAACGCACGGCUCAGCUGCUGUUCGUCUCGUACCUGAGCAGCGGAGCUCAGAUGAAUGUGUGUGUGACUGAGGAGAGCAGGAGGUGUGUUCUGACCCGUCUCAGUCCUGCCUUCGAGGAUCUGUUUGACCCGGCGGAGGAACACGCUCUGAACAUCCUGCUGGAGGCCUGGGGGGAGCUGACACACACACUCACAGACCCCCUGCACACUGUGGCGCUGUGGCAGGAGGUGCGUUAUGCUGAGCCGGAACUCUUCCAGAUGCUGCAGACUCUAUACACACACACUCAGAGCAGACAGCAGCAGGAGCGCAGGCCUGUACACACUCCAGCAGAGGGCAGCAGAGGGCAGGAUCUGUGGGCGAAGGUUCCUCUGGAGUUCCGCAGGUUCCGUCUGGACUCUCUGCUCCAGAACCACACAGAGCUCCAGCACUUCCUGUCCUUCCUGGAGGAGCGCUCAGCCAGUGUGGUUCUGCAGUGUUGGCUGGACGGGGAGCAGCUGAAGAGGAGUGACGGAGCUCUGCUGGAGGAGAGAAACAGGAACUUCAGAGACAAAUAUCUCAACAGCAGCUUCCUGUUUGGAGCCGACAGCCCAGCCUCUGAGGAGCAGCAGAGGAGGCUCCUGCAGGUGUGUGCUGCAGGUGUGGUGUCUCCGUCUGCUCUCUCUGAUCUCCAGGCUCUUCUGCACAGUCGUCUGGAAGCUCAGUGGCUGCCGCUCUUCCUGUCCAGCGCUGAGUUCAGGCGGCGGCAGCAGCACCAGGUGACAGAAGUGUGUGAGCAGCAGCCGGUCGUCCACCAGCGCAGGAAGAGGCGUGAGGCGCAGGUGUGUGUGGGUGGGAUGAGUGUGUCGCAGCAGCAGCAGGCGGUGUGUGUGCGCAGGGCUCUGCAGGAUCCCGUCACUCGUCUGCAGUUCCAGCAGUUUCUGUCCUCUGUUGACGCUCUGCUGGAGAACGACCUGCUCUUCUGGCUGGAGGUGCAGAGGUACAAGGAGCUGUGUCACUCCCGCUGUGAUGAGCAGGCUCUGCAGAGGAAGGUCUCCAUCAUCAUCAGUCGGUUCUUCCGCUCCUCGGUCCCGCCGGCGCUGCAGAUCCACGUUCCUCCAGACGCGGCGCUGCUCGUCACCAGCAUGCAGAAAACACUCGGACCCUACAUCUUCAGGGAGACUCAGAUGUGUGUGUUUGAGGAGCUGCUGAAGCACUGGCCGGAGUUCUGUGCGCUGCGCUCGUCUGUGUGUGCGGACGCUCUGCUGCGAGUGCUGGACCAGAAGCAGAGCGACAGGCGGAGGAGCAGACAGACAGAUGAGCAGAGCGACAGCCGCUCUCAGGUGACCCUCACACCUGCAGAACCCUCGUCUCACACUGACCGCUGUGUUUGA